UCCAAAAGAUUUUAAAGUUAAAUUAUAACUUUCUAAGCUACUUGCAAAGUAAUAAUAAUAAUCGUAAUAAACCGAGUUUGUGUUUUGCAAUCCUAGUAGCAAUGCUCUAAAUUGACACACACCUUUGUUAGUCCAGAUAGAGACCUUAUUCAUUCGAAGCAAUCCAACACAAAGAUACACAUCGAACUAAAAUGGGCACCUACCAAUACUUUUCUUCGUCGUUCAGAAGGAAAUUUAGGCCAUGUUUACUGGACUACGCUGACGAGCUGCAUUGGGAGCUCGGCUAUUUGAAGGCAAAGUGCAAGGAGCUGAAUUUGGAGGAGGAGUACAGGAAGUAUCAGGUCCGUCUUAUGAUAAGCUACCUCACCGUUUUCUACCCCUUGUUUUUACUGGUGAUGCUUUGCCUUCAAUUAGUCACAUGGACUUGUGUCGAGAACCCGGAAAUUAAUAAGAUGAACUUGCUCUUCGAUGGACUUUCGUUGAUUUUGGUAGCCUCCUUGAUGAGUGUCAAUUUCUUUGAGAGCUUUGUGCUUCGCCACCCGUGGGUUAUGGUUUUGACCUCCGUUCUGUCCGUGCUUGCCGUGGUAUUUUGUGAUUUAAUGCAGAACACUUAUCAUUAUUACAUUUCCCACUGGCCGCUGAACACCACGUUCGACGUCUUCGUGCUCUGCAUGAUUUACAUGUUCCUGCCAAUUCCCUCCAUCAGGGGAGCUGCUCUUUUGGCCACAUCCGUGAGCCUUAUUUACGUGGCCUACUUCAUGCACUUCCUGGCCUUCACCAGUAAACGCUUUUUACGAAGGGUCUACGGCAUCGACGUGGUCUCCGUGGAUAUAUUCCAAUACCUGGGCUUCAACAUGAUGGGCAUCUUCUUCCGCAUCAUGAACGACACGAUGGUGCGCGCCUCCUUUCUCGAUCGCCAUCAGUUCAUGAAGGAGGAGAGGUGGCUGCGCCACGCCCUGGGCCAGGAAUCGAUGCUCCUAGACAGCGUCCUGCCUCCGCAGAUCGCCAAGCCCAUCCAGAGUAGCAUCAAGCACAGGAUCAUGCAGCCGGAGAACGAGUUCGAGCGCAAGAGCUUGGGUGUCUCAAGCGCGGAGUACUUCAUGGCCAUCCAGAUCCAUCCGGAUGUGAGUAUCCUGUACGCCGACGUGGUCAACUACACCCACUUGACCACCACCCUGGCGGUGGACAAGUUGGUGAAGGUGCUCCACGACCUCUACGGAAGAUUCGAUAUGGCUGCCUCGCACUUUAAGGUGCAGCGCAUCAAGUUCCUGGGCGACUGCUAUUAUUGUGUGGCGGGAUUGGUGGAGGCAGAUCCCGAUCACGCCACGAAAGCCGUGUCCCUGGGCAUUUCCAUGAUAGCCAACAUCCAGGAGGUGAGGAUCGAGCGCGCCUUGGAAAUCGACAUGCGCAUAGGAGUUCAUUCGGGUUCCCUCUUUGCAGGAGUCAUCGGCGAGGCAAAGCUGCAGUUUGACAUUUGGGGUGCUGAUGUUGAUAUCGCCAAUCGCCUAGAGGCCACUGGAAAACCGGGAUAUGUGCACGUUAGUGGGCGAACCCUGAGCAACCUGAAUGCAGACGAAUACAUAAUCUUUCCGGGCACCGAAAAAGCCCAGAGAGAUUCUAUGCUGCAGAAGCACCCGAUGGGCACCUACCUGAUAAGGGGCCACGUCCAGCGGGAAUCGGUGAGAUCCACCCUAUAUGGGGUGCAGUCCCAUAUUAAUUUGGACAUCAAGACACUGCAAACGAGUCGGAGUACUCGUGGCGAAACCGCAAACACCGACUCGAUGUCCGAUGAGCUGCGCGAGGAGUUCAACAAGAUGCCGGUCGGAGGAUUCCACUUUCGAUUUCCCUGCUGCCGCCGUGAUAGAAAUGAGAGUGAAAAGUCCGAACGGGUUGUAGGCACUUAUUGUGUGGCCUUCAAAGACUCUUCUUUGGAAUGGAGCUAUCUGCAUCAACCCGACUUUGUGUUCAAGUACUCCACGCUCCUGGCCUGGGGAAUUGGCUGCUGCCUGCUCUACAUUCAGAUUGUGACCAACAAGAGUUUGUGCAAGACUUGCAUCGUUAUCGACUUGUGUGCAUUUUCCAUACUGACUUUCUUGCUGUGCCUCUCGUGGUACAAAAAAUUUUGCUGGUGGAGGUUCGGCCAUAAUGACUUCAAAAUCUACGGCAAAUACAGUUGCAUGGCCUUUGCCCUGUUCGAGAAGAUCCAGCACAGCUUCGUCCUGCGGAUCACUGUCUACAUGAUGACUAUUUUUUGCUACUAUAUGGUGAUCUCCAUGAUACUAGAAACAUGUGACGAGGACCAGUAUGAGUUGGAUUACAUUGAGAGCAGAAUCUAUCAUUACGAAGCGGAUUUUAGUUCCUGUUUUCAUCCUUGGGCCUUUACGAACAUGAUGGCGCUGAUCCUCGGCAUGAGUUACACCUUCGCCCGAAUCCCUUUCGCCCUGAAGACAAUCAUCGGCACUUUGGAGUUAAUUGCAUAUGUGUUAAUCGUGUUUUUCCAGUACGGCUUCGUUUUCCAACACAGUGCCACCACUUCUCCGUUUUUGAGAGCGGAAAUAGCGCAUUGUUGUCGGGUUUGUAUGAUGCUGGUCACUAUGUAUGCGAAGGAACGUCAGACGGAGUUCAACACGAAAAUAAACUACAAGCUCAACGUGGAUUUGCAAAACAAGCAAAAGGCGGCCGAUGUCACAAACCAAACUAUCAUCAUUCUGCUGAACAACAUUCUACCUGCCCAUGUUGUCGAGGUGUAUCUCAGCUCAGUUGCCAAACACGAACUCUACUCUGAAAAUUAUCAAAUGGUAUCGGUCAUGUUCGCCAUGCUUACCAACUUUCAAAUGAACUUACCCAGCUUACGAGUGCUUAAUGAUAUCAUUACAGAAUUUGAUCGAUUGUUAAUUAACUAUAAGGGAGAGUACGUGGUUGAGAAGAUUAAGGUCGUUGGGUGCACUUACAUGGCAGCUUGUGGAUUGGAUUUUAAAUUGGCCUCAAAACAUCGGUCCACUAAUUACGGUUCAAUGCUUCUAGAAAUGCAACGAAGUCGCAGUCGGUCGGGGACAAUUAAAAGCGAAUAUAAACAUCCAGGAGUUGUGAUCAUCCUGACCUCAUUUGCUUUGGACCUGAUGAGAACCCUUUCGGCGUGCAACAAGGCGUAUGCAGGAACACCUUUUGAUCGGGCUUUAGCCACCGGGGAGAUCUGCAUAGGAAUCUCCAGCGGGGAGGUAAUGGCCGGAGUGGUGGGGGCCUCGCAGCCUCACUACGACAUCUGGGGAAACCCGGUCAACAUGGCCUCCAGGAUGGAAUCGACAGGACUGCCAGGACACAUCCAGGUGACCGAGGAGUCCGCCAGAAUUCUCGAGGAAUUUGACAUUAAGUGCAAUUUCCGCGGCUUGACCUUUGUCAAGGGUCGUGGGAAAAUUCCUACCUAUUUUGUUGGCAUCGAUGAUAACUUUCUGUUCAUUUCGAAGGGUGGUCAGUCUUCACCAAAUAGUUUAUCAGCUAUCGUAGAUAUGUCUCUGCAUGACGAAGAAAACGUUUAGUUGGUGUUCAAACGGGAAAAAUUUUACGUGCUACUUUCCUUCGGUUUUUUUUUUUUUGAUUUUGUCUCCUGUAAAUUGUUUGUAUUUGGGUUUACAAAGUGUACUUACGACCUUACCCUUAACCCUUACUUACUUACCCUUCAAUAAAAAAUUUAUUUUAA